GAAUGGCGGAUUUCAGACCAAUUCUCCUCGUGUUGAUAAGCUUCAUUUUCUUCCCUUUAGCCUACACAGUAUUUCUUGUCUUCUUCUCGUUUCUUACUUCAAAUAUCUCUCUCCUCUUUCUUUCUUUCUUGGCUCUGGCGGUGGCAGACAACACUCUUCUGCUCUCUGCUUCACUUCAGAGAAGAACAUUCUCCCUCUGAUUCUUCAAUUUUCCUAGAAUCAUCUCUCAAUUUUCUCUUCUCUUUUUUGGACUUCCUAGUCCACUUUGCCUGACAGAAUCUCAGCCCAUCAUCUUUGAAUAUUUUGCUCUCUGCUCAUGCCAUUUUCUUUUUGUUUUACAAGUGAGAAGUAAUUACUAUGUGCUCUGAAACAAACCCUCGAAUAUCAUUCUCCAAUGAUCUUGGUGAAGAAGAUGGCAGCGAAAUCGAGCAGGAGACUCGAAGGGACACCACACUUCUGGGUUCAAAUUCUGAUUUCGAAUUCAGCUUUUGCAGCAGCGUCACAGACUACGAAUCUUCUCUGGCAGACGAGCUUUUCGCAGAUGGAAUGAUCCUUCCAGUUCACGCACACAGACACCAACAUUCGCCAAAAGUUUCUCUUCCUCCUCUUCCAUGUCCUCCUCCAAAUUCCAACAAGAGUUCAAAGAGAGAAGUCAUGGAUACCAAGGUUUCAGAUUCAGGGUCGCCGGAAAAACCUCCGUCCAAAUCUUUCUGGGGAUUCAAGAGAAGCAGCAGUCUGAAUUAUGACAUAAAAAAGAGCCUAAUUUGUCCAUUGCCCCUCCUGUCCAGAAGCAAUUCGACAGGAUCAUCUGUGCCAUCUCCGAAGCCAGAAGCGUCGUCUAAAGAUAUGAACAAGCAAAAUUCACAGAAACAGCAACGACUAAAUUCCGUUGCAAAGAAAUUAUCAGCAUCGUCUGCUUCUACUUACGUGUACACAUUUCCUCGGAAGCCUCCUUUGAAGAAAAACUACAGUGGAUCUCAUGGAAAUGGAGUUAAAAUUAGUCCAGUGCUGAACAUGCCACCUCCUUACAUUGCUAAAGGUGCUGCAAAUUUGUUUGGUUUGAGAUCCUUUUUUUGCAAUGGAAAAGAAAAGAACAGAAAGUGAUUGUUUAAUCAGUUGAUGAAAAUUUAGUGAUUCUAAAUUAUGCAUAGAUGAUGUGGGUUAUUAUUGUUAGCUAUUAUAUGAAUCAUAUUAAGUC